AUGCAAUUCACCAGUAAAUUGGUGUCUUCAAAAGUUUUGCAAUUAUGGGGAAGUAACGAUUUCUUAGCUAGAUCUGAAGCUAAUAGAUAUUUGAUGGAAUUUCAGGGAUCCCCUUUGGCAUGGGAUGUAUCUCGAGAACUUUUAGAAAAUAGCAGAGAACUAGAAGUUCAAUAUACAGCAGCUCAAAUAUUAUGUUAUAAGGUUUCUCACAAUUUAAAUGAAUUUGAAGCAUGUGGAGGAUCUAUCAGUACUAUUAAAGAAUCGUACUUUAAGUUCAUUUGCAAAUAUCUACAAUCAAAUACUGGAGAUAACACUAUAAUAUUAUUAAGUAAGAUAUCUGAAGGUUUCUCAUAUUUAAUAGCAUAUGAUUUAACUAAGGGGAACUGUUCUGAAGAUUUUGAGAAAUGUUUACGAAUAUCUGAACCAUUUUUCUUAAAUAAAGGGACUGGUAUUGAACUAUGGAUUACGUUGAAUAUUAUGAGAUAUAUGCCUGAUGCCUGUAAGAAAUUUGAGACACAAGAACAACUAAUAUUUCAAUUAUUAUCUAGGAUAUUAUCAUUUCUAUCUGAAUCACUUAUAUGCUGUAUAUCAUCCCAAAAUUCUUUAAAUAAUCAUAAUAUGAAAUACAAAUUAUUAGAUCUGUUAAUUGACAUUUUAAUUGAAUAUUUUGAAAAGUUAGAAGCCCCAUUAUUUCGUCAUUUAACCUUAUCACAAUCUAUAUUCCAAUUAAUGCAAGUAGAUAUAUGUAUAGCCCCUUAUAGAAUGGCUGAAUUAUUUGUAAGAGGAUUACCUCGUUGCUCCUAUUAUAUGCAGAAGAUAAUCCCCUUAGGAAAUCCAGGAAGUAUAUGCAAAACUUAUGAAGACAAUCAAACUCUAAGUUUUGAUGUGGAAUUUCCAUACGAAGGUGAGACAUUAAUUAUAAAGUCUCUUUUAAUAUACUUGAGAUCUUUAUUUGAUAAACUAAGGAAUAUUCCAUUAGCUAGUGAAAAGACAUUAUCUAUGGCUUCUAUUGAUGAAUCUCAUGAGAUGAUCAGAAUGAAAACCUGGAGUAGAUUGAAAAUGGAAAUACCUCAGAUCCAAUUAGAUAAUGAGACUGAACGUUCUAUUUUAAGCUGGUCUGGUGUGAUGUUUAAUUUAUUAGAAGGAUAUUCUCAAUUAUUUAUUUUAGAUGAGACAUCUACUCAGAAUAGUGGAUUGAAUAUUAAUAACCCUUUAACUUUUUUACCUAAGAUGCUAUCCUUACUUUUGUCUCUUCAUAUAAGAAUUCCUGGAAUAUUAGCAAAUAUUUGGUGUACAUUAAGAGAUCUAGUUAAUGAGAAUAUUUUAUCUCAUAACCAAGGAGUACAACUUGCAUCCUCUUUAGUAACUCCAGCUAUUCACAGUAUUACGAUUCAAUGCCGGGAUGACUAUUAUUAUUGGCAACAGCUAGGAAUUACCCAAGAUUCAAUAAUAUUAUAUAAACAGAGAAAUAUAGGACAUGAUGAACUAAAGUUUACUGAACAAGAUGAUUCUGCAAUUGAUGAAUACUGUGACUUUUUAGAUACUGCAAAUAUUCAUAUUGGUGAUAUUUAUUUUUUCUUAUCAUCUUUAGGAUCUAAUUAUGCCUCCGAAUUUAUCACAUUUAUCUAUCAUUCAUUAAUGGAAUGUUGUAGAGAAGAUGACUCUACGGGAUGUAUUGUAUUUUUGAGAUUUGCUGAUUCUCUUAUUGAGUCAACAAAUUCUCUACAAGGUCCCAUGUCAAAUAUAAUUGAAUUUUCUUGUAUAUCUACCCCAAAAACUCAAUCUUGCAUAUAUCAGGUAGUUUUACUUCUUCAAAAAGCAGCAUUUUUACUAUCUGACAAAUCACUUCAGAAUAUCUGGUUUACUUCUCUGAAGUAUUUAUUAGAUAUUUCCGAAUAUUGCAAUCUAACAUUAAUUUCAUCAACUUUUGAAGAGAUUUGCCAAUUUGGGGCCGAUCAUAUAUUGAAUAGUCUACAUAGUGAUCAAAUACUCCUUGAACUAAGUGAAAGAGUCAUAUUAAUUAUCCAACAUAAGAUAAGAUUUUGUUCAAAUGAAUCUAUUUAUAAUAAUAUUAGUAAAAUUGAUGAGAAUAUUGGAUUAGUUGGUGGUAUUGUCCAUUGUAUUUGUUAUACAAUGAUAAAUAGUAAUAAAUCUAUUGAAGAUAUAGCUAAAAUACUUCAAACGUUUCUAUUUCAUCUUGUGAAAAAAACUCUUUGCUAUCCUGAUACUAUUCCUAUAUCUACACAAUUAACUUCAUCUAAUAUACCAAAUAGUUAUAAUCUUAAUACAGAAGAAUCUAUACUUAAUGGAAUAUGGAGCCUUUAUGUUCUUUAUAAAAUCUUGAAAAUUUUUACAUUACUAUUUUGUAGCUCAAAAACAGAUACUAAUUUAGCUUCAAUAUCACAAAAAGUACUAAGAACACCGAGCCAACAAUUAGUAUUAUUUUUGCAAGGAAUAUUUUCUAACUCUGAACAAUUCGGUAAUUUUGAAAAUAAUAUUGGACAUCUAAUUUUAAAUUCUAUAUCACUUCCAAGCAAGUCUCAAGGUUAUGGAGUUAUCACAUUUGCUUCAUUACUCCAGCAACAUUCAAGAAAUAUACCUUUGCGGCAGUUAAUGUUUACAAAUAAAAGAAACCUUUUAAAGGAAAGUCCAAAUUGUCUUCUUUGCCCUAAUGAUAUUAUUAUUGCAAUAAGCUGCUUAAUAUUAAGAAUAAUCUCUGACUCAUGGUCGGUUGAACAAGAUCAAGAUCCAUCUAAUAUUAGUGUUGAAAAAUCAUGGUUUCAUUGGAAUUCAGUAUAUUAUAAAUUUGUCAAACAGCAUUUAGUUGAUAUAAAAGAAAUGGAACAGAAUCCAAUCAUACUCAUCAAAAAACAUGGAGCAUGUACAAUGAUAGUUUGUAGUAUAUUAAAGAAACUACCACAAAUCAAACGAGAAGAAUUUAUUAAUAGUAUGAAGAAUGAUUAUACAGAAAUUAUGCUUUAUGAGUUUUGGAUUAGAAAAUCUCAGACCAUUAAGAAUAUAGAAAUAUAUAGAAUAAUAGAACCUCUAUUUCAGUGGCAAAUUACAUAUAUUGGAAAUAGUCAUAUAUUAUCUAAUUCAGCACAAAGUGUUAUCUUCUCUCCAUAUUUAAAUUCAUGUUUGAGUAUUGCAUUGCAAGCUUUAGAAUCUAAAGAUAAAUUUCUUAUAAAUACUGUCUUAACAUACCUUUCAAGACUCUGUACUAUAAUACAUAUAUCAGGAAAGUAUCCAGAUGCAUGGAAAGUGCACUUUAGUAGUAUUAUUGUGGUUUUAUUUUCAAAUUAUCCAUACUUUCAUAAAAAUCUUAUAAUGCAAACAUGUCGCCUUGUAUCAUCUCUUUUAGAGUGUUUUCCAGAUGAUUUUUUAAAAAUAAUAAAUAGAAUAAUAUUUCCUGAUAUUAACAAUAAUCAGGUGGAUAAUAGAACUAAUCCCUUUAGAUAUACUUCACGAGAGCAAAAUAAAAUCAUUAUUAGAUGUUUCCAGAAUCUCCGUGGUGCUAAAUUACGUCAAUUAUUGAUAGAUAUUUCAAAUAUAGUCAAUGGGAUAAUAGAUGCAAAAGAUUGUUUAUUACCAUAUGAACUCUACCUACAAAAUAUAAAUCAAGGUAAUACAUCAAUAAUCAGUAUCAUAUAA